UGACAAAUCAACUAAAGUAAGAUGAAGUGGUGGAUUUCUCUAGCGGUCGGUGGUGUGUGCGGUGCACACGUGCCGCUGCAGCGAUGGCGCCUUUACAACGUGAUGGACCCGGCGCUUGGUGAUCACCGAGUGGACAUCAUGACGACAAUUCCAGGCACGUCGCACACGCACUUGCGAGAUGCUCAUGUGAUUCCCGAUCCAUUGUUGGGGUACAACGAGGAGCGGUUGCAGUGGGUGGCUCAAGCCACGUGGGUGUACGAGACAUCGUUCAUGAUGACUUCCCGUGUUCCAACGACGUUGGUACUGGACGAAGUUGAUGGUGCAGCAACGAUCUUAGUCAACGGCCAAUUCGUCGCGUCGACGACCAGCUCGUUCCUGUCGUAUUCAUUCAACGUGUCGGCAGCGGUGCACCAAGGCAACAACACUGUUCAAGUUCACUUCGAGCCAUUGCUGAACUAUACUCGUCGUCAGUCUGCGCUAUACCCACACAUCGUUCCAGCUACCAUCAACCCGAACACGUGGGCAGAGCCGACGCAACGGGUCUUUCUUCGCAAAGCUGGAUCGGAUUUCGGAUGGGAUUGGGGUCCAGCAUUUCUCACUAGCGGCUUGCGCGGACAUGUCUUCGUUCACUUCGACGACACUGGUCGCGACACCGCGGCGAGCUGCCGAAUCAAAGAGUACGAGGUUCACCAGCACUUUCCGAACGCGACUGGCUUCGCUGUUCACUUAAGAGUUCGCCUUUACUUGGAGGGACUUGGGUGUGACGACAGGCUCAUGGCCGAGCUAUCGCUCGACAGGGAGCUCGUGGCCGCAGCUGAGGUUCGCCACCACGACUUUGUCGACUUGAGCCACACGAUGUUGCGACCUACGCUGUGGUGGCCCCAUGGGUAUGGCCAUCCCCACCUGUACAAUCUGAACGUGUCGCUUGUCGCUGCGUCGCUCUCUCCGGGAAAAAUCCCUUCCGUCGUGCACUGUCAACUGGGACGUGUGGGCAUUCGCCACGUAAAACUGCGCCAAGAUCCAAUUCCUUCUCAUCCCAAUCAUCCCAAUUCACCUUCUCAUGGGACAACAUUCUUCCUCGAAAUCAAUCGACAGCCCAUCGUUGCCAAAGGAGCCAACUACGUCCCCAUCGACGCAUUUUACCUGCCCCCGCACUCUGCCAAUGCAAAACGGCGGCAUCUCCUGGAGAGCGUUCAAGCGGCGCACAUGAACAUGAUUCGGGUGUGGGGCGGCGGGCGCUAUGAAGUCGACGUCUUUUACUCGCUCUGCGACGAACUAGGGCUUCUCGUGUGGCAAGAAUUCAUGUUUGCAUGCGCCAACUACCCUCGAACGCCGUCGUUUUUAUCGCUGGCCGCGAUGGAGGUGCAAGCGCAGGUGCGCCGGCUGCAGAAGUUUACAAGCAUAGCUCUGUGGGGUGGGAACAACGAGAACGAAGCUAUGUUUGACCAGUUUGCGGCUGGGUUGUUCAUGCCAAAAGACAUGCCAUUCAAUCGUGACGUUGCGGUCGUCGACUACACCAAGCUAUUUGUCGACACGCUCCAGCCACUCGUUGCGUCACUCGACCCCAGCCGUCCUUUUGUCGACACGUCGCCUUCGAACGGCAUCUUCAACACUUCCGUCUACACCAAGCGAUGGGGCAAUACGUCCGACGUCGCCCACGGGUAUGACAGCCUUGCAUCCUUCGAGGACUCCACUUCGAGGCGCCGUAGGGACGUGCACUACUACAAUGUCGUUGAUGACUGCAUGCAGUGGCAGCACUUGCCCAAGGCCAACUUCGUGUCUGAGUUUGGUUUUCAAAGUUUUCCAUCCGCGUCGGCGCUCCUGGACGUGACGGACGCGUCGGACUGGGCAUCCACGGCGGCGAUGGAGCGCUUCCUGGCGUAUCGUCAGCGAUCACCCAACGGCACCGCUCGCAUUUUGCAUCAAGUGAACAUGCAUUUCCACCAACCUGUCAAGGACGUGGAUGACUCCGUGCAGGAGCAUAUGACCAAGUGGCUCCAUGUGACGCAGCUGCAACAAGCCGCAUGCUACGCCGCAGCUAUCUCAACAUGGCGCCGGUGGCAUGUGAUGGGCAUUCUGUACUGGCAGCUCAACGACGUGUGGGUGGGUCCGAGCUGGUCCAGCAUUGAAGCCAACGGUAGAUGGAAACCGCUUCAUGCGAUAGCCAUGCGCGCCUUUGAACCAGUGCGCACCGUGACGUACACGAACCAAUCCAUGGUGCACGUCGCCGUCGUAGACGAUCGGCGGGAUGACGUUCGGCGCCCACUGGUUGUCUCCGGUGUUCUUCGAGCACUUCCACGCGGUAAUGUUGUCAAAACUGUGGGAACUUGGCACUCUAAUGAGGUACACAUCAUGCGUUCAAAGGACGUAACUUACGCAAACAUGCGAAUAGCCGCGAGGUGACGUGUGGCACGAAGACUUGGCCGACCUUUUUCGCAACACGUCUUGCCAUCCCACGACCUGUAUGCUUGACGUCGCCGUGGAUGGCCGUGGGUCCAGCCGCGAAUUCACUUUUUUUGCGCCAUUCAAAAACUUACUCCUUGAGCCAGGGUCAUGCACACUCGAUGCAAGGAUCGCGUCUCAGAAUGCUUCGACCGUAGAGGUUGUCGUUGAAACGUCGACGACUGCAGCGCUCUUUGUCACCAUCGCAUUAUGGCGUGGGCCACGCGAGAUCGUGGGCAAGUGGAGCGACAAUGCGUUUCAUCUCGUGCCUGACGAUGGACGAAGGCAUGUAUAUAUGCACCCGACGCACUCUCUCCGCGGGGAAGGCGCUGAGGAAGCGUUGCGAGUGACUGCAACGUGCCUCCAAGAGACGUUGGCGCCGACUACCGUCAAAGUGUGGACGACCGCCGCCGAUACGACAUCUGAAUUGAGUUAAACCUAUAUACCUAUUUUUUGCCCUUUUGUUUAGCGAGGGUUUUAUGGCGUUUUUUGACGUGUUUUGGGAUUUUCGUGGCGCGUUUUUCCCGUUUUUCUUCUUUGACGUUUUUCUUGUUGCUUUUCUUUUCAAGUUUCUCGGCCAACUUGAGCCGUUCGCGCUCUUCCCGUCGCUCCGCACGGAAUGCGGCCUUCUGCGUUCGGAUCUCGUCGUCGUCUUCCGAUUCAGAAUCUGUCUCGUCCUCAUCGUCGUCGCCGCCGUCCUCGUCAUCCUCGUCGUCCUCGUCGUCCUCGUCGUCCUCGUCGUCUUCGUCGUCG